CGGAGGGCUGCCUCCGGUAAACCGGUCCUGUUGCAUGCCUGCCCAGCUGCUGUGGUUUCAUUUGUGUCAACAGAUCGACGUGCACAGACCUGAGCGUUGUGUAACAGCAAUUAGAGAGAACGGAGGAGAACGUGCAGCCGAGAGGAGCUUUCUCCUAAACAAACACGGCUCAGGUGUUCCAGGUACACACUACAGCUGUAAUUAUUCUGUCCCGGAGAGGAGGAGGGCAGCGGGGAGGAACCAGCCCAGAACCCGCAGACGGCGGAGGAACACCGACGGAGCAGCAUGGAUCUGACCGGGAGGGUGGCGCUGGUGACCGGGGGAGCUCAGGGCAUUGGACGGGCGGCGGUCCAGGAGCUGCUGCGGAGUUCAGCCAAGGUGGCCGUGGUGGAUCUGAACCAGGCCUGUGGAGAACAGUGCAAGGAACAGCUGGACGCCGAGUUUGGAGAAGGGAACUGUUCCUUCAUCCAGUGUGACGUUUCCGACGGCAACGCGCUGACAGACGCCUUCCAGAGAACCGUGGACCAGUUCGGUCGACUGGACAUCGUCAUCAACAACGCCGGGAUCAAUAACGAGAAGAACUGGGAGAAAACCAUCCAGGUCAACCUGACGUCAGUCAUUAAAGGAACCUACUUGGGUCUAGAACACAUGAGUAAAGAAUACGGCAAACAGGGAGGAACCAUCAUCAACGUCUCCUCCAUGGCAGCCUUCCUUCACUCUCCUCACCAGCCGGUUUACACGGCAACCAAACACGGAGUCAUCGGCUUCACCAGAGCCAUGGCGGACGCGUCCUCUCAGGGCGACUACGGCGUCCGGAUCAACGUCUUGUGUCCGGCCUUCGUGGACACGCCGCUGCUGCACUCGGUGGAACACGAGGACAACAUGGGAAAGUUUGUCAAGUACAAGGAAGACUUCAAACGCAGCAUGAGCAAAUUUGGAGUUCUGCAGCCGUCGCUGAUCGCUGAGGGGAUGAUGAGGCUGAUCAGAGACUCCAGUCUGAACGGAGCCGUCAUGAAGAUCACCUGCUCCAAAGGAAUCCACUUCCACACCUACGAGCCCAUGUCAGCCUGAGCCGGACUCUGCUGGACUCCAUUCCUUCUCUAUUUAAUGAUCCCGUGAUGUCACUGUGGGACCGGCCCCUGAUUGGUCCGAUCAAACUGUGUUGUUGUCAGGAAUGAUUGUUGCUCAGCUGAUUUCUGGUUUGUGUGAAAAUGAAACCUGUUGAGAUCCGAGACGUAUUUACUGGAAUGUUAAAUUUAACGCUGUUUUUACAGUUGUAAUGAGUGACAUCACAGCUAACAGCUUGUUAGGUUACCACGGCAACAAUUAACUGAUUAUCGUCAGUUAUUAAAUUACUGGCAGACUGUUUUCAGAUUUCUGAUUUAAUCACAAACUGAUAAAUGGAUCAUAUGACUGAAAUACAGUUUAAUGAUGCUGCCUCCACCGUGCUUCACAUCAUGAUGCUGCCUCCACCGUGCUUCAUCAUGAUGCUGCCUCCACCGUGCUUCACAUCAUGAUGCUGCCUCCACCGUGCUUCACAUCAUGAUGCUGCCUCCACCGUGCUUCAUCAUGAUGCUGCCUCCACCGUGCUUCAUCAUGAUGCUGCCUCCACCGUGCUUCAUCAUGAUGCUGCCUCCACCGUGCUUCACAUCAUGAUGCUGCCACCACCGUGCUUCAUCAUGAUGCUGCCUCCACCGUGCUUCAUCAUGAUGCUGCCUCCACCGUGCUUCAUCAUGAUGCUGCCUCCACCGUGCUACACAUCAUGAUGCUGCCACCACUAUGCUUCACAUCAGUUCUUAGAAACACCAGAUGAUUCUGAUGUACCUGUACACAUCAUCAGUAAUGUAUCCUGGGGUCAUAGGGUGUUUCGGGUCUUUCAACAUUAGACACCCUCGCCCAGGCGACCCAUCUCCGGUUGAUCAAGCCGCAGCUUGUGUACAGGUAGCAUUCGCUUCCCCCCAUGGUUCUCCUCUCCGGAUCCAGAGCCAUCUCGAAACUUUCUCCGCUGCUUCGGUGAUGUUCUUGAUGGCUCUGCUCCUUGCCAUUCCCGUGAUGCCCAAGGCACUUAGGGCUUUGUGGAGAGAUUGCCCCACAAUUCCUCUGCUGCCAGCUUCGAUGGGCAUACACCUUGCCUUCCAGUCCUGUGUACGACAGUCGAUGACCAGAUCUUCAUACUUGGUCCUCUUCCUUUCAUGGGCCUCCCCCAGACGGUCCUCCAAUGCUUCAUAUCAUGAUGCUGCCUCCACCAUGCUUCAAAUCAUGAUGCUACCUCCACCAUGCUUCACAUCAUGAUGCUGUUCAAUCUCACAGAUCAACCAGUUUGCAGCAGUCACAGCUUGUUUGAGUCUUUCAGGUUCCCCUCUGAUGGUGUGUUUGGUUCUGGUUCUGUUCUCAGAGGACCACGAUGCUGAAGGAGUUUUCCUGGUUUUAGUACAUUCAGUAAAUAGAAUCUUAAACUUUGAGUGUCAGUGCGGCUGUAUUUGAAAAUGAUUUUUCCACAGAAGGAACCGUGUCUAGAAGAUGAUCCUGGUGUCAGAUGUACAAAUGUAAACUUAAUCCUGGUGAUGGUGCUACAGGAAGCUCAGGGGUCUCAGGAUUCAUCCUCUGAGGAGCAUGGAUGUUCACAUACUUUGUCAGUUUGGUCAGUAAUUAUUGAAAUAUCACAGUAUGGCUGUAACAUGAAAAUAAAAAUGUAUAAAAUGGA